UGGCUCGAACGCUGGCUGGCUUCGCAGGUCCGGACAGACGUCGCCGCCCAGAUGGCCUCCAGGCUGACCCCGCUGACCCUCCUGCUGCUGCUGCUGCUGGCUGGGGAUAGAGCCUCCUCAAAUCCUAAUGGUACUAGCCACAGCUCCACAGAUCUGGAGAGCUUGCAAGGGGAAAGCAAAGGAGACAUCUUGGAGGGAAAUGUCUUGGAGGGAGAUGUCUUGGAGAGAGAUGUCUUGGAGGGAGAGAGCCCCAAGAAGGUACCUGUUCAAGAAGAGGUGGAAGUGGGCCCUCCCACCUCGCUGGAAACCGAGGCAACCAACAUAACAGCCAACACCACUUUGGAACCCACCACCCAGCUCUGCAUCCAGUCCACCACUGAACCAACUACGGAGCCUGCUACUGAGUCCCCCUGCCUCUGGCCUAACACUUCCUGCUCUGACCAGGACAGUCACUCAGCAGAGGUCACGUUGGGGGAGGCUUUGACAGAUUUCUCCGUGAAGCUCUACCACGCCUUCUCAUCAGUGAAGAAGCCUGAGACUAAUAUGGCCUUUUCCCCAUUCAGCAUCGCCAGCCUCCUCACUCAGGUCCUGCUCGGGGCUGGGGACAGCACCAAGAGAAACCUGGAGAGCGUCCUCUCCUAUCCCAAGGACUUUGCCUGUGUCCACCAGGCCCUGAAGGCCUUCAGGUCCAAAGGCUUCAACUCAGUCUCUCAGAUCUUCCACAGCCCAGACCUGGCCAUAAGGGGCGACUAUGUGGAAGCCUCUAAGAGCCUGUAUGACAGCAGCCCCAGAGUCCUGGGGAAUGACAGUGAUGUCAACUUGAAGCUCAUCAACACCUGGGUGGCAGAGAACACCAACAACAAGAUCAGCCAGCUGCUAGAGAGCCUGCCCGCUGACACUCGCCUUGUCCUCCUCAGUGCGGUCUACUUGAAUGCCAAGUGGAAGAAAACUUUCAAUCAGAAAAAUACCAAGAUGGAGCCCUUUUACGUCAAAUCCUCUGUGAAAAAAGUGCAUAUGAUGACUAGCAAGAAGUACCCUGUGGCCCAUUUCACUGACCACACUCUGAAGGCCAAGGUGGGACAACUGCAGCUCUCCCACAACCUGAGCUUGGUGAUCCUGAUGCCCGAGGGCAUAAAACAACGUCUCGAAGACAUGGAGCAGGCUCUCGACCCCUCUGUCUUCAAGGCCAUCAUGAAGAAGCUGGAGAUGACCAACUUCAAGCCUACUCUCCUGAUGAUUCCUCGAAUCAAAGUAAAGAGUGGCCAGGACCUGCUGGCGAUCAUGGAGAAACUAGAAUUCUUUGACUUUAGUUACGACCUCAACCUGUGCAGGCUGACCGAAGACCCGGAUCUUCAGGUUUCUGCGAUGCAGCACCAGAUCAUGCUGGAGCUGACGGAGACUGGCGUGGAGGCAGCUGCAGCCACGGCUGUGUCUGUGGCCCGCAAUUUGCUGAUCUUCGAUGUGGAUCGGCCCUUUCUCUUCCUGCUGUGGGACCAGCAGCAUGGAUUCCCUGUCUUCAUGGGACGAGUGUAUGACCCCACAGCCUAAGACCUGCAGGGGUCAGGCAGGGGCAAACCUUACCCCUCUAACCUCAGCUCUUCAGUUGCAGCCCUGCUGCUGCCUGCCUGGACUUGCCCCCAGCCACCUUGCGCCUUGGUUCUUUGCCCUCCACCUGAAGGGCUCCCUCAGGGUCUUGGGAAAGGACCUGCUUCUGUCAUCCCUUCCCUGUGACUCUCUAAACCACUUUUUGCAGCUUUCUCUGGUACAAGUACACCAGACUCUACAAAUAAAACCUGGCAGACCAUG